AUGGAUGUGGUUCAAUCAGCCUCCACAGAAAUCACGAUUGCUAAGAAAUCCUUCAAGAAAAUACCCAGCGUCCUUCUGGGCAGCCUAGUGGAAGAACCUAAAAAAAGACAUGCUGUCCCCAAUCACCUGGUGGAAUCAAAGAUUUAUUCAGAAUUUCAGAGGAGCAAGGUUAUACAGGCCGAGCCUGCUAUGUUACACUAUGGAGGGUACGAACUUGGAAAACAUCACCAACAAAUACUGAAGCUGAUAAAUAUUUCUGGUGAUGUAAUAAACCUUCACAUAAUGCCACCCCAGACAAAGUAUUUUCAGAUCAAGUACAAAAAACCACACCGGCUUGUCCCUGGCUUGUCAUAUGUGGUAACUGUUGAUUUUUGUCCUGAUGAGUGGCGGUAUUACUAUGAUUGUGUCCGAAUUCACUGUCAGGGAGAAGACACAUUACUCAUUCCUGUGCAUGCUUAUCCUGUUGCGAAUGUUGUAGAAUUUCCAUCAUUUAUAAAUCUGUCUGAUGUGUCAGUUGGUAAAAGUAAGGAGUAUGUUAUCCCGUUGCAGUGCAGCUGUCCAAUAGAUUUUGAGUUCCACAUUGAUUUUAUUCAGCCUCACAGAGCCUUCACUGUCCAGCCAACAUCUGGAAUCAUUCCAGGCAAUGGGAAAGUGGAAGUAACUGUGAAAUAUUCCCCACUUGAGUAUGGAACAGCACAAAUGACAAUGCAGUUAUGGAUUUCACAGUUUCACUCAAAACCCUAUGUAUGUGUAUUCACAGGAACAUCAACACCACAUCUGGGUCUAAUAAAAGAACAUUUUGACAAACAACAAAGUCGUCCAGAGAAAAAAGCUAUGUCUGCAGGAAAAUCCAUGGUGUGGAAAAGGGACCAAUUCAGCCAACCAAGAUUGAGACCUAUUCAAAAAAUAAAGGAAAUUGAAUGCCAGAACCUCAGAUUCCCCACAGACUUGUCAAAUCCACAUGCUGUAGCUACUGUUUUGAAUCAGGAACCAGGCAAAUUGAAGAUUAAGGACUUGAAAGAAGCCCUUUGCCAAGGCGAUGAAGAGCUAAAAACAAGGCAGAUGAAGGAAGCCGUAUUUCAACUAAAAGUCAAACAAAAUGUUCAGGAAGAGGAAGCAAAUAAUCUGAAGUGGCAGGUUCAUAAAGGCAAAGAUCCAGUCUCUAUGGAAUUUAGAAAAGACAUUAUUGAAAACCGACAGAGGGAAGAAGAGCAAUACAAGAUCCAAAGAGGAGAUCCUAUCGUAGAACAGGAGUUUCAAAGGAACCAAGUAGAAGUUUCUUUCAGACGCGUUAUCCGGCCUGUUGACCAGCAUCCAAGUGUCCAUCCCACAUUCGACUUGCUCCGUAAUGACCCUUGGGACAGCAGAAACAGGAUGUUGAGGAAAUUCCAGCAAGUGGCAUACAAGAUUGUGAUUCAGAUUCGGCUAAAUCGUUUACUGUGUCUGUUCCGUGGGCUAACCAGAGAAGCCAGAGGUUUGGAGGAAGGCCCUGUGUCUGAAAGCGAGAGUUUCAGCAAACCAGAGAAGAGUGAAGAAUGCAAAGGCUAUUCUUCCAGCAUAUCUGAAGAUCGUAUAUUGCCUUUUGAAUUCCCAUUUCAGAGUUCUGAUGAAUUGCACCAUGAUUUGGCACCUGAUGCUCUUGGCACAGUUCCUGUUGGAUCUGUAGAUGUGAAAGUCAGGCACGUUCUUCCUUUUUACGACUUGAAGAUUCCUCAGCAUUUCAGCGUUAUGAAGUACCAGCCGUUUUGCACACACUAUGCAGCCACAAGUUACAAACCUCGAAAACUUUCCCGACCACUGAGGCAGGGAGCCCAGGAUGAGUUGAUUCAAGUAGUUGCUUCUCCUGAGGGGCAGCUUAACCUGGUCUCCCAGAGGAUGGAUUUUCACAAACCAUCCCCGGAAGAAGCAGCAGAAAGGGAUAUCAGCCUCUUAAACCUGGUUCCUCCCCAAGCCUUAGUCUACCCUACAGAGAGCAACCCACUUCGCAUUUUUAACCCCACUCCAGGAUUAGUUCCAGUUUUACCUCCUCUGGCCUAUUCUGAAACAAAUAUUGAAUAUCAUCUUUGUCCUCAUCCAAAAUAUACCUUUACCAAGGAAUGCCCCAAAGGAUCCAGUAUUCCAGUCACACAGAAGAAAUUUCUGCAUCAUGAGGAAGUGAUUUGUGGAGUAAUGGAAUGGAGAAGAUUCUUGCCAGUGAUAUAUUCCACUCUUUCUAACACUCCCACAUUGACAAGUACAGCACCUAGGGAUCCUUACAGUUUAGAUAUGCUUCCAAGAGAUGUACCACCACUGCUGCGUGACUUACCUGAGAGAGACAGGGAAAACAUAAUUGACCAUGAGACAGAUGAAACGGAGUUCAAAAUGAUUCUUACUCCAGAGAUGGUGAGAGCUGAAUUUCCACAAAUUGAGCAGGCACUUUCAGAAGAAGGCAAAGAGAAAUCAGCAAAAGAAGAAAGAGACCUGCACAACCGUCCAGAUGGACAUUUUCAACCCCGAACCAACGAGCUCAGAGAGAAGGUUCAAAAACAUGUGGAGAAAAUGAAGCUGAAAGCACUUAAUAGAACUCUUAUUCUGGGAUAA